AUGCCUACCAUCCCGCCAAUCUCACUAUCUCCCCUCACCGAGCUCUCCGCUCGCGCUCGGCAUAUCAUACCAGAUCCCCUCUCGAAAACCAAGUUUACGCUGGACUCGUCUGGGGUCGCGGGCUUCUUUGGAGGAGAUAGCGCGGUCUCGGGAAUGGCGACCGUCAACCUGAUCCCCAGCCGUCGGUGGGGCGGGUGGUACAACACUCCGGGGAGCUACGAGAUCGCUAAGCAGUACGGACAGCUCGCGGGGUCGAAGUACUGGAAUGGCCUCUUUCCAGGAGGAAACGACGAUCCCGCGAAAUUAUUCGAGCUCGAUGGCAAGCUGGGACCGAAAUUCAUCGCGGCACAUUCUGGAUCUCACUUCCCCCAAACCGGACACCUCGCCUAUCUCGUCUUCAGCUAUGCCUCCAAGCUGCAGCCUCUCUACAAAUCUAAGGUCGGUAGAGCCACCACGGAUUCCAGCGUUACCAUCAUCGACCUGCACCAUGUGCCUCCCGUGAGUGUCCGCCCGACACUCCCUUCGCGCCGGUCCGUCUACUUUGCUUUGAUUCCUAUCAUAACAAGUGUCGGAACGUGCGUUCUCUGCGCUCUCGUUGGCGACUGGUUCUGCUUCGGCAGUAUCGCACUGGGAAUAAUUGCGAAUGGGCUCGCAUGCCUCAUCAUCGGCUCUGGACAGCUCACGUUCACCCAUCACACACCCGCAGAAGACGCCCCACCUGGCGAUGGCGUUCUCAGCGGCGUAGGCGGCCUUGUCGUACUGCUUGGUGAGGAAGGGGCUGUCAACUGCAUCACUCGCGGGCGUUACCACCUUCGGUACGGAGGAGGAUGCGGGGCACCCAGCUCCAUGACGACCAAUGGGAGUGCGGUAGAGAGCAUGAGCGUCGCGGCAGGAUUUCGAGCCGGAGUUCAGCCUCCUGAACAUACCGCACCUCCAGCUGCAGGAGAAAUCCAAUCUCUCGCCAGGGGCAAGGCGCAGACUAGACGCGACUCGAUACCAGUUAUGAGCACGGCGUGGGCUCCUACAGUCGGAGGUGAGCGGACGAGCAGUGCCACGAUGUUGCGCCUCUCUCCUUAUGGGGGACUGGUACCAGACACAGACCACCUCGACGCACCAGCGAGCGUUGCCGAGUCGGCUACAAGCAUGCUGCGCGACGAGGCGGAGACCCGUCCCGCGCUCCCAACAUCCACGCCGUUCAGUCUACCAAUGACCGGGAGCCAAACAACUAUCGACUGUCCCCCGCAGCCCUCGACCUCGACCGCAGUACCUCCUCCCGCGCCGACUGAGCCGCCUCUCUGUGAUCAGUUUCUCCUGCCUAGUCAGGGUCUGGUCGGACCAUGCUCCUUCCUCCUCAUGAUACAGUUCCUUGUUCAGCUCUUGCUUAUUCCCCAGGGUACGCUCUUCGGACAGGUCAUGUUCGUCGGCACUGUCGUGUUCUCGUGGGGGUAUAACUCCUACCUAUCGAGCAUCGAUAGGGAGGGAAUCCAGACCGACGUUCUUUUUCAAAUCAUGAAACUCAGUGCCGGCGACGAGCAGUCCGAACAUAUCAGCAAAAUCCAGCUGCGAUGUUGGACGGCCACUGUCGUCUGUGCCUGCCUCGCCCUACAGAGGACGCCGGAAAAGCCGAUCAACGACCUGCGCAAGCUACUGGAUGAGCUACUCCCCGAUUCCAAGGUCUGGAGAUUGUGGAAGGACGUCAUCGCAUGGAAGCUCACUACUUCCCGUACAAUUCACCUGGAGGAUGCAGACUGGAACCGGAGUCCCCGCUUUGCUAAGAGGAAACAGCGCCUGGACAGUAGCGAGAAGAAGCUGCUGAGUACUAUCUUGGCGGACGCAAAGGAGGCUAAUGACGAAUGGGAAACGUUCGAGAGGGAAAGAGAGCAGAGGCGAUAUACCGGGGCGCCUGGCCGUCGCUCCUUCCCCGAGCCUUACGGCACCCUCAAGUGUCGCUCCGUGGACGGUCGCCUUCGCAUUGCAGGUGGCCCAUAUGGCGGAGAUACGACGUCUAUCGCCGAGCGGCAGAGCUUCAAGGACAAAUUCUCCCCACCGUAUCAGACGUACCCGUCUGCAUGA